AUGUUGUCUCGAGUGGCUCGGCAGAAAAAUGCCAUUCUCCAUCUGCGCAAGGCCAAUGCCUAUCGGGCAUUAGGGACACCUCCAACGCUGCGCCUACACUCUAGCUCGGCUCGACCGAUCUCAGUCGGGAGUUUGCCACAUACAACAGCAGAAAAACGGAGGCCCUCUCUUCAAUCGCAUCGCAAUCUCGCUACCGCCGCCGACCCCUCUGUCCUCAACCAUGCAUCCUAUAUGUCCAUCGAGGACACAUUACCCCAAUCCUUGGAUCAUUCCAAUGCCCAAGAAACGUCAUUCAACCCCCACGAACCCUUUGACUUCUCAUCUUUGAUCGUCGUGAAUGAAGUACCUCAGACCCACCUGAAAACCUUUCGCAAAAUCCGAGGUAUUGGUGGUGAUACGGAUGAGAUGAUGGCCAAUUUCGAUAUGUCACUCAAGGUCGGCCGGUUCGAUCGGGCUGCGGCUCUGAUCAGCCGUCUGAGCUCCGUUCAUGCGCCCGAUUCUCCUGAAUUCCUGGCUUUGCACAAUCGGUACCUGAAGGAUAUGGUUGCGCAUAUGAUCAUGUCUCGACAAAAUGACAUGAUCUGGCCGGUGCAAAAAUGGUUUGAGGUUGAUAUGCCAGCUGGAGGUGUGCAGCCUGACGCUACCACUUUCGCAGCCAUGAUUCGCAUGGCACUGCGUAUGCUUCACGGCUCCAAGCGAGAUAGAACGGUUCGUCGAUACUGGGAACUUGCCAAAAAUGUGGACCUUCAUGAAGAGCUCUUGGCUGUUGAAGUUCUAACCGACUUGGAUUUGGGUGAAUUGUCCGAGAUAUGCUCCUCCGAUCUGGGUCAUGCCAAAUUCGAUCUCCAAGAACUCGAGACCUCUUCCAACCUCGAUUUGACACCUGAAAACCUCGACCAAGUUGCGGAAGUGCUGUCUAGUGAGCAGAAGGGUCUUGGCCUGUCAUCCCUUAAGGAAUCGCUUGCCUUGUUUGCGGACAAAUAUCACAUUUCAUUGCCCGCCGACUUCCAAGGCAGUGAGGAACAAAAGAAAGACUUGCUCCAACAACUUAAGCAACGGCAAGUUGAGACCGAUACCAUAAAGUCAGCCCACGAUCGCUGGCAAGUUGAGUUCGAACAAAUGACUCGCGUUGGAGUGGACGUUGCGUCUUCGAAGAAGAAGAUCAAGAAUUUCAUGAGCCAAUGGCAUAUGGAUCUUGUGGCCAAAAUUAAUGAUGAGAAGAGGCUUGCUGCCGAAGAAGAAGGGAAGCCUAUCCGAACAGCCGAGCAAAAAGCUCGUUGCGAGUACGCGGUGUUUCUCGACUGCCUCGACGCCGAUCGCCUAGCUGCAAUCACCAUGCUUGCGGCGAUUGGCACAUUCACUCGCGUGGGAAUGGACAUGGGAAUCAAAGUCUCAUCUAUCGCGUCGACAGUUGGCCGAGAUGUUCAGGAUGAGUUAAUUGCCAUUGCAUGUCUCAAGAAGGCUGAAUCUCAGGGCACUCAACGCGUCAAAAUGUUAAAACAACUUCUCAGCAACCGCAAACACAAUGACGGACGCCCAGCGUGGAAGCACCUGUCCGAGACCGCGCAAAAGGAUAAUGCUGAUUUGGCCUGGAGCACCCGGGUUCAAGUCAGAAUUGGUGCAGUGCUGACAAGCUUCCUAUUUGACGUUGCCAAGGUUCCAGUUUUCACCAAGAACGAGGAAACUGGUGAAAAUCUGACGACCAUUCAACCAGCCUUCCAGCAUGCUUAUCAGAUUUCGUUUGGUAAACGCCUGGGUCUCCUUAACUUGCAUCCAGAAAUCGUCAAAAUUAUUAAAGCGGAGCCCCCGGCUGAUGUGAUUGGUCGCCAUCUUCCUAUGGUCUGUGAACCGAGACCUUGGACGGGACCAAAAGAUGGAGGCUAUUUGAUCUACCAAAGCAAUAUUGUCCGCACAACCCCGGGCGAGGGCUUACAGCCUCUUUACAUUAAAGCUGCUUUGAAGAAUGAUGGCCUCAAGGAAAUCCGACGUGGUCUUGACGUUCUUGGCGGCACCGGCUGGGUAAUCAACCGAGAUGUGUUUGACGUUAUGCUCGAAGCCUGGAACACUGGCGAGGUGGUCGCAAACUUAUCACCGCUUGAGCCAAAUCUCGAGGCUCCACCAAAACCGGAUCCAAAGGCUGGAGUUGCAGCAGAGAAAGAGUGGCAAAACAAAAUGCGUGAUAUGGAGAACCAACGGUCUUCCUUCCACUCACAGCGAUGCUUCCAGAACUUCCAGAUGGAAGUUGCGCGAGCUUUCCGUAAAGAGACCUUUUACCUCCCUCACAACAUGGACUUCCGUGGCAGAGCCUAUCCGCUCCCCCCUAUCUCAAUCAGAUGGGAGCUGACAAUGCCCGAGGCCUGCUUCUUUUUACCAUUAGGUGUCAGUGGUAUGCGCUGGUUGAAAAUCCAUUUGGCAGGUCUGGCUGGGUUUGACAAAGCCAGCAUGGCCGAGCGUGAGCAAUUCGCCAAUGACAACCUUGACAAUAUCCUCGACUCGGCCGAUAAUGGCCUCCACGGAAAGCGAUGGUGGCUGAAGGCCGAAGACCCAUGGCAAUGCUUGGCAGCUUGCUGCGAACUUCGUAACGCUCUUCGUCAUCCCAACCCGCUCGAAUAUCCAUCCCGUCUGCCAAUUCACCAGGAUGGUUCAUGUAAUGGUUUGCAACACUAUGCCGCACUUGGUGGUGACAAGAUUGGCGCUCAGCAGGUCAAUCUGGAGCCUUCCGAUAGGCCAUCUGAUGUUUACACUGGUGUCUCGGAAUAUGUGAAGAAAUCUGUGGCGGAGGACGCUGCUCGCGGUCACCAAUUGGCCGCUGUUCUCGACGGGAAGAUCACUCGAAAGAUUGUCAAGCAGACAGUAAUGACUAAUGUUUAUGGUGUGACUUUCAUGGGUGCGAUGAGGCAAGUACGCAAGCAGCUCGUUGAUCACUAUCCGGAGAUGAGCCUCGAAGAAAAGAAGCAAGGUUCUCUAUACAUUGCACGCAAAAUCUUCCAGGCUCUGUCAACUAUGUUCAAUGGAGCUUCCGAUAUCCAGCACUGGCUAGGUGAUUGUGCGAGUCGCAUUACCCAGUCUGUGUCCCCUGAGUGUAUCGAAGAACUUGCAAAGGAAGCAUUGUUGCCCGAUCCUGAGUCUUCUGAUUCAUAUAACACCAAGACUGUUGAUCCAACCAGGAAGUUCCGGUCAACUGUCAUUUGGACCACACCGCUUGGCCUUCCUGUUGUUCAACCUUACCGUACCCGAAAGGCGCGGCGUAUCUCGACCACCCUGCAGGACCUUAGCGUUGUUGACUACAAUGCUGAAGACGUGGUCUCUAGACGCAAGCAGCUCCAAGCUUUCCCCCCGAACUUCAUUCACUCUCUUGAUGCGACUCACAUGAUGCUGUCCGCCAAUGCUUGUGACCGGGCUGGCCUCACCUUCUCUGCCGUCCACGAUUCCUUCUGGUCCCACGCCAGCGACGUCGACAGCAUGAAUCGCAUUCUUCGAGACGCCUUCGUUCACAUGCAUUCAGAUGACGUUAUCGGGCGACUGUAUGCGGAGUUCAACGUCCGGUAUGGCAAGAACCUUUUCUUGGCCAAGGUUGAGAAAAGCAGCCCAAUCGGAAAGGCCAUUACCAAGCACCGCAGGGGAACCCAAGUUAAAAAUCAGAGAUUCCUGGAGCUUAUUGCUGAAAACCAGCGACAAAUCCUCUUGCGGUCAGACGACCCCGAGGACCAGGCGCAGGGUCGUGCCAUGAAGACAACAGCCAGCAUCUUUGAGUCAAUGGGCGGUACCGAUGAUGACCUGAUUAUUAUGAACAGUAUGGGAGCAACAGACAUCGGCAAAAUUCCGGACGAUCUGGCGACCGCUGAGCGGCGAGCCGACUCGAACCUUGAUCUUAACGACCCGGCCAUCGGAAGUCUGUUCAAUGAUUUCGACCUCCGCGAUAAAGUGACCUCUAAUGAGAUCACCGACUUCGAUGAAUCCACCGAAGACCAGGCUCCCAAGAAGAAGGCGGCCACCAGCAGUGUGUGGCUGUGGUUGCCCCUUCGUUUCCGCAAUGUCCCUGCCAAGGGCGACUGGGAUAUUACCCGCAUUCGGGAGAGUGAAUACUUCUUCUCCUGA